AUGUCAUAUUUGAACGCCGUUAUUAAAGAUUCUGAUAUGGAUCGGUAUAUGCAAGAAGAAGCUUUGACUGUAGCGGCAGAUGGAAUGGAUAAACAUGGUAUAGAUAAAGAUAUGGCUUCACAUUUAAAACAAUAUUUUAAUUUGAAAUAUGGAAGAACAUGGCAUUGUAUUGUUGGAAAACAGUUUGGAAGAGUAAACCUUUGUGUAUUAUGUUUUGUCGUAUUAAUUCAUAAUACGAUUCAAUUGCAAAUGGUUCACUUUGAAUACUCCAAAAAGAAAAAGACGAAGACAUCAUCUACAACUAUAAUUCUUACUUCUGCAGGACUUCAUAAUCUCACGUACGUGUUACAUUGUAAUUUGAAAAAAAUCGUUAGUUUUAUGAGUGUGCGUUACGUCAAGGUCAAAGUGGUAGCGUUUUCGGAUUGCACUGCUGGAUUGAAUUUAUUAUCAAUAAUGAGUAGAAUUAGGACAUCUCUUGGAGUUUUAAGUCUUGGAUUUGGAUUGUUCACUGCAGAAGCUUUGUAUUCUGGAAAUGAGCACUUCUAUAAGGAUUGGUUUCUACCUACUGCCCGUAUCUUAGUCCGUGAUGGUGAAACUGCCCACAAUUUAUCAGUUUACUUAGCAAGUCAUGGUUUUAUACCACAUAAACCUCGAAACUCAUUCCCUCACCUCAAAUGUAAAGUUUUUGGACUCGAAUUCGACCAUCCCAUAGGAUUAGCUGCAGGUUUUGAUAAAAAUGGAGAGGCAUUUAUGGGUCUCUUAAAUGCAGGAUUUUCACAUAUUGAAGUUGGAACUGUCACCCCGGAUCCUCAGCCAGGUAACACACGUCCUCGUAUAUUCAGAUGGACCAAGAAAGAAGCGGUAAUAAACCGAUGUGGGUUUAACAGUGAUGGACAUGAUGCUGUAUAUGAAAGACUCAAAGAUCGUCCAUGGGAAGGCCGUGGUGUAAUUGGUGUCAAUUUAGGCUGCAAUAAAACAAGUACAGAUCCAACUGCUGAUUAUGUGGCAGGUGUUCGGAAGUUUGGCGAAGUAGCUGACUAUUUAGUAAUCAAUGUGUCUAGUCCAAAUACUCCAGGACUACGCUCCCUACAGACUAGAGAAAAAUUGCGCGAUCUCUUAUCUAAAGUUUUAUCAGCUCGAAAUCAAUUAUUGAAAAAAACUCCUAUUUUAUUAAAAAUUUCUCCAGAUGAAAAUGAUCAAAGUUUAAAAGAUAUAGUAGAAGUUGCUUUGGAUUCGAAAACUCGAAUAGAUGGAAUGAUCAUUUCAAACACAACACUUGCAACUUAUGAAGAGGCUGUAGCUUGCGGUGCUGCUCCAAUACCAGGGAACAAUGAACAAAAUGUUGUAUAUGGUGGCUUAAGCGGUCGACCAUUAUUUGAAAAAUCAACAGAUUGUUUAAGGAAAGUUUCUGCAUUAACCAAAGGUGCUAUACCCCUGAUCGGUGUUGGUGGUAUCAGCUGCGGUGAAGAUGCAUUGUCCAAGUUAAAUGCCGGUGCUAGCUUAGUACAGUUAUAUACAAGUUUUGUUUAUCAGGGACCACCGGUUGCUCAUAAAGUCGCUAGAGAAAUUAAUAAAUUAAAAAUGACAUCUUUAACUCCCGACUAAAAACCUGCUUUUUCUUUCUAAUAAAAGAAUAUUUGUGUUACAUUUAAAUAGAACUUAUUUAUACAUUGUCUUAAA